AGAGUUGAUUAAUAACAGAUUUAAUCUUGUAAAACUCUUACUAGGUCAACUUAUAUAUUUUUUUUUUAUGUACUAGUUACUUCUUUUUCAUUGAUAGUGAUAAUUUUUUAUUGAUAAACACAAGAUGAAGGAGAUGGAUCCGGUGGAUCCAAUAAGUAAUAAGACCAAACGACCAAUAUUUAGAAAUACCUCAUCAGCACCCCAUUUACGGCUUAAUAUUGAAAACCCUCCAAUAAAUCAUAUUCCGUCAUCAUCAUCAUUGAGUGUGCCACAAUAUUUCAAUUAUAGUCUUAAUUCCCAUAAACCAACGCUAUUCAUACCAAGCUUGGAUGAUAUUAUUGAAAAUAGUGUUGAGAGCAGUAAUACCCCAUAUAAUAAAUCCAAUUUAAUUCUGUAUUUGAGUCUGAUACACUGUCUUGAAAAUUUUGAAUUUAUAAUCGAGUUGAAUAAUUUAAUAAAAUUAAUUCAGGAUAAUGAAGAAGCACAUGAUUUAAAUGUUAUAUUAAUAAAUUGGCAAAUUAUAUAUAAAAAUUUUCUAAUCGAUGACAGUCCCAAAGAAAUCAAUAUUCCUCAUUCAGUCAAAUCAAUAUUUAAUUAUGAAAAUAUACCAAAUAUUCCCAAUUUGAAGAAAAUUAAAUUUAUAGUUUUUGAAUUGCUUCAUGAUUCAUAUAACGAAUUUAUUAAAUACAUUAAAACCACCAAUCGAGAGAAUGGAUUGAAUUAUAGACGUCGAUCAGAAAUAGUGGCUCCAGACUUUGCCGAAACUUCCUUCAGUCCAACUCAUGAAAAAAUCCCCCGUUCCACAAUCGAAGAAGAUCCUUUGGCUACAUGUAUAAGUUUAUCGGAGGAUGAGCAUAUUGAUGAAGUCCAAACCCCAGAAAGCCAACAGGGGGCUAAUUCAAGUAGAAACAAUAGUGCUACAAGCUCGAAUUCUUCAAGAGGCUCUUCAUUAGGGUCGAUUGUUGAAAAUUUGAAAAAUCAUGAUUAUAUCAAUUGGAAAAAAACAGUUAAAAAAUUCAAAUUACGCCGUUUUCUGAAUCAAAAUCUAAAUCUGGAUUAUUUAGAUCAACAAUCGUCUAAUCAUUCCCCUGGUUAAUACGAGCGUUUUUGACGAUUCUCACUUCACUUCAUCUUUGUAUCUACUAUAUAGACGAUUUAGAUCUCGCAUGAACCCUUUGCU